GCAAUUUAUUGACCGGAUACACUAACUUGAUUACUCAUUCAAGUGUUUCGUGGACAAGAGCAGGGUUGUGCCGUUUCUUCUCUUUGCUUAAGGCUAUCAUUUAAAUCACAUAUAUUUUUUUGGUACGCGGUAGUCUAAUAUCUGGGAAAAAUGGCCGAAAUGGAUGAUCAUCAUUUUGAGACUGGCGAUUCUGGUGCUUCUCAAACAUAUCCGAUGCAAUGCUCGGCUUUACGCAAGAACGGAUUUGUUAUGUUGAAAGGACGACCGUGCAAAAUAGUUGAGAUGUCUACCUCAAAAACUGGCAAACAUGGUCAUGCUAAAGUCCAUAUGGUUGGCAUUGAUAUUUUUACAAAUAAGAAAUAUGAAGAUAUCUGCCCUUCAACCCAUAAUAUGGAUGUGCCACACGUUAAACGGGAGGAUUAUCAGUUGACUGAUAUAAGUGAUGACGGAUUCCUCACUCUGAUGUCAGAUAAUGGAGAAAUACGUGAAGAUUUGAAGGUACCAGAGGGCGACCUUGGAAAUUCUUUAAGAUCCGAUUUUGAUAAUGGAAAAGAUCUUUUAUGCACAGUCCUUAAAUCAUGUGGUGAAGAAUGUGUCAUCGCUCUCAAAACCAACACUGCUUUGGACAAGUAAACAUCUCUGAAACGUCUGACUUUAUCUACCUGCAGAUUUCUGUUGAAUUUACGUAAAAAGUAAAUUAAAACUAAUACUAUAGUAGUGUAUAAACACUAUUAUAGCUAAGUUCAAUCAACUCAUUUAACUACAAUAACUUAAUAACUUCAAAAAAUAAUUUAUGAAGUAAUAAAAACAGAAAUUUGAAGAGUAUAGGAUGAAGAGUUGAGAAACAAAAAUAGAUUUUCGCCAAUAAAUUUUUUUUUACAUUAAUACAUUUAUUUUUCAUUUUAUCGAUUUAUUUUGAGGUGUAAUGUAAGACAUCAAAACUUGCUGCCCGUCUAAAAUGUGAUUACCAUAAAUAAAAUCUUUUACAUGCUGACCACUCCGUCAAUAGUAAAUCUUA